GUUCCUACGCUUGAAUCCAUGAUUGAAUCAAAUUGAAAUCAUUGAAAUCAAAGAUCGAAAAAUAGGACUAAAUGUAACAAGUCUAUUAAAGAUUCAAAAGUAAUAUUUACAUGUUUCGUCGUUCUCUCGCGUUAAUUAUCUAAUAAAAGUAAAGCAUGGGGGAACGUUACAAUAUCCAUAGUCAGUUGGAACAUUUACAAUCGAAAUACAUUGGAACAGGCCACGCCGACACAACAAAGUUCGAAUGGCUCGUGAAUCAACAUCGCGAUUCUUGUAGUUCUUACAUGGGACACUACGAUUUGCUAAAUUUUUUCGCUAUUGCCGAGAACGAAGCAAAAGCACGUGUUCGAUUUAACCUUAUGGAGAAGAUGUUGCAACCUUGUGGUCCACCUCCAGAAAAACCAGAAGAUUAA